UGAGGAGCCUGUCAUAAACGCCAGAGAUUGCCUUCCACAGAGACUAACAGACCAAUGUGCAAACAUGAAGUCCAAUCCUGCCAUCCAAGCUGCCAUCGACCUCACAGCGGGGGCUGCAGGGGGCACCGCAUGUGUUCUGACCGGGCAGCCCUUUGACACAAUGAAGGUGAAGAUGCAGACAUUCCCCGCCCUGUACCGGGGCUUCACUGACUGCUGUCUGAAGACCUACUCCCAGGUGGGCUUCCGGGGCUUCUACAAGGGCACCAGCCCAGCACUGAUUGCCAACAUCGCGGAGAACUCUGUCCUCUUCAUGUGCUACGGCUUCUGCCAGCAGGUGGUGAGGAAAGUGAUUGGAUUGGACAAGCAGGCAAAGCUGAGUGACCUCCAGAAUGCUGCGGCCGGGUCCUUCGCCUCAGCGUUUGCUGCACUGGUACUCUGCCCCACGGAGCUCGUCAAGUGCCGGCUGCAGACCAUGUACGAAAUGGAGGCGUCAGGAAAGAUAGCAGCGAGCCAGAAUACAGUUUGGUCUGUUGUGAAGAGUAUCCUUAGGAAAGAUGGCCCCUUGGGCUUCUACCAUGGACUGUCAAGCACUUUACUUCGAGAAGUACCGGGCUAUUUCUUCUUCUUCGGUGGCUAUGAACUGAGCCGAUCGUUUUUUGCAUCAGGGAGAUCAAAAGAUGAACUAGGCCCUGUCCCUUUGAUGUUAAGUGGCGGAGUUGGUGGAAUUUGCCUCUGGCUGGCAGUAUACCCAGUGGAUUGUAUCAAAUCCAGAAUUCAGGUUCUGUCCAUGUCUGGAAAACAGGCAGGAUUUAUCAGAACCUUUGUAGGUGUUUUGAAAAAUGAAGGAAUAACUGCUUUGUAUUCUGGACUGAAACCGACUCUGAUUCGUGCAGUCCCUGCCAAUGGGGCACUGUUUUUGGCCUACGAAUACAGCAGGAAGUUGAUGAUGAGCCAGUUUGAAGCUCAGUGAGGUGCCUUGUGAACCUGGGCCUUGAGCAUACUCGUUUGAGGACCACAGUUCAUUUCGGGGUUUCAUGGAGUUUAAGACCUACGUGCAAUUAUUUCGACUUCAUGAGAAUUUUGUUUUUGUCUUCCCUUCUUCUGCCUUAAAUCUUAAACUUUAUGGGAGGACUUCUAGUUUACAUCAUAUAAAUUCUGCCCAUAAUUGUACUGAAAUAGAGAAAUGGCUGUUCUUCCCCUUGGUGAAAUAUACAGAGUGAGCCAGUGGCCCUGUGUACGUACCUCUGAAAGGCUAAACGUAGGUCUGUCAGGGAUUUUGCCUGAACCCAUGUAUGCACUUGGGGUUUGGAUGGUUAUGUGCUGUGAAACACAAUUUGGUUCCAUGUUUCAUCUCAGAUAUUGCCAGAAAAGCCCAGAGCUGAGCAUGUUUAUAAAGAUGUCUGUAAAUGAUUGCUUAACCCA